GGCCGUGCCGGUCUUGUGGUUCCGGGCUCCAUGGGGGAGAGCAUGGCAGAAGGGACCCGGGUCAUCUACCACUUGGAGGACCAGGAAACCCCCUACCUGAUCCGGAUCAACGUGCCCGCGCAGCGCGUCACCCUGGCGGACUUCAAACAGGUCCUGAACAAACCCAACGUCAAAUUCUUCUUCAAAUCCGUGGACGACGACUUCGGGGUGGUGAAAGAGGAGAUCAGCGAUGAUGACGCCAGGCUGCCCUGUGUGAACGGACGAGUCGUCUGCUGGGUGGUGUCCUCAGACACCUGUCAGUCAGAUUUCAGGGGGUCAGAUGUCCAGUCGGUGUCCACGCCCACCAGCCUGGCCCUGCCCCCCACAGAGAGGACAGGUGGGAUUGGAGACUCCAGACCUCCGUCCUUCCAUGCUGCAGCCGUCAUCGGCCACGAUGAACUUCAGGGGUCGGAGGUCAAGCCUGUCGCUUCACCACCAGAGAGGAGAGAGAGAGACACGGGUGGCCGAGGUAGGCGUCUGAAUGGCCACGCCCACCACCCGGCUGAUCAGAACGGGGCGGGGCCAACGGGUGCGGGCGACAGCUCCUCGACCCAACAGAGCAGCGAGUUAGAGACGACCAGUUUCUGCUCGUCUGAGGAAGACUCGGGAGGAAGGUUCAGCCAAUCAACAGAGAACAGCAGCUCCUCGCCGCGGCUCAUCCGGCGACAACGCCGCCGCCACCGAAAACCCAAAACCCCGCGGAUGGAGAGGUCUGUGUCUUUCAGCAGUGUCACUGACUCCACCAUGUCGCUCAACAUCAUCACUGUAACUCUGAACAUGGAGAGGUAUAACUUCCUGGGGAUCAGUAUUGUCGGUCAGAGUAACGACAGAGGAGAUGGAGGGAUUUACAUCGGCUCCAUCAUGAAGGGAGGAGCGGUGGCAGCAGACGGACGCAUCGAGCCUGGAGACAUGUUACUGCAGGUGAACGACAUCAACUUUGAAAACAUGAGUAACGAUGACGCCGUCAGAGUCCUGAGAGAGAUCGUCCACAAACCAGGUCCGGUGACAUUAACGGUAGCAAAGUGUUGGGAUCCAAACCCACGAGGCUGCUUCACGUUGCCGAGAAGUGAACCGGUCCGUCCCAUCGACCCCGCUGCCUGGGUGUCUCACACCGCCGCCAUGACCGGGAGGCUCCUCCCACACUACGGUGUCCAUGAAGAAAACCAUCUCACCGUCCACAGUGACAUCACAGCCGUUGUCAAGGCAAUGGCCAAUCCCGAGUCAGGCCUGGAGGUUCGGGACAGGAUGUGGCUGAAGAUCACCAUCCCCAACGCCUUCAUCGGUUCAGACGUGGUGGACUGGCUCCACCGUAACGUGGAAGGGUUCACCGACCGCCGCGAAGCCCGGAAGUACGCGGGAAACCUGCUGAAGGCCGGAUACAUCCGACACACCGUCAACAAGGUCACCUUCUCGGAGCAGUGCUACUACGUGUUCGGAGACCUCUGUGGAGAUCUGGGUCUGAUGUCUCUGCUGGAUCACGAAGGGGCCUCCUGUCGAGGAUCAGACCGUGACUCGGAGGCUAUGGCUUCAGGCCCCCAGUGGCCCCCGGCCUUCCCCUACCAGUACCCCGUCCCUCACCCCUACAGCUCUCCUCACCCCCUCCACCAGCUGCCGGCCUGGGCAGGAGGAGGAGGAAGUCAGCACAGUGAAGGAAGUCGCAGCAGCGGAUCAAACUGUAGUGACGGUCCAAAGGAGGGAGGAGGAGGAGGCAGCCAAUCAGAGCACACCAAACACCUGGCGACGGAGUCCCCCGGUGACGACAUCUCCCGGCAACCCCCGACCUCUAUCUCUGGUCUCCAUGGUAACAAAGACUCAAAGGACCCGCCACCGGCUCCCUCGCCGUCUCCAGGUCAGCAUCAAGACCUUUCCUCUGUCCCACCUGAAAUCUCCGCCUCCAGACAGUCCUUCCGCCUGGCCAUGGGAAACCCCAGUGAUUUCUUUGUGGACGUCAUGUGACCCCCAAGGUGGUGAUGAUGUCAUGUCAGGUGAUGUUGGGGUGGGAUGUGGACCUGGAAACACCUUUUCCUGGAUGUAUUUGUACAUGAUCUGCUGGUGACGAAUCCCAGACUGAGGUGACUGUGAGAGGAAGAGGAAGAGGAAAGAGAAAUGGAGAAAAGGACAGAGGGUCAUUUUCAUUUCGGUAGAAAUUAAAACAUCAGAAGUUGAUUUAUUUAUGUGCAUCCACUGUGAACUGCCUGACCCGAUGCUUGGACCUGGUAUUUGUUAUGGACAAACUGCGACAAACUAAGUCCAGUUACAAAGCUUCACCCGGGGUCGAAGCUCCCAGUCACCCCAUUCCAGGUUUCUCCAUCGUUGUUCACGUGAGUAUGGACGUCCCUCAGCAGAAAAUAGAGUCCAGGUGGAGCUGUCUCCAGGACUACAUCCAGAGACUCCAAGGCCGGAUACAACACAGACAACAGUCAGAGCCUUCCUCUCAGCAUGUGGUCGUAGACAGGGGCGGGGUUUGACGCAUUUUAUCCAGUCUGAAUCCUAUCAAAUCGCCUAUCAAAUCUUCUUAGGUGGUUUGUUCGUUAGGAGAAUGAAGACAUCUGUUCGUUAAAAAACAUGUAAUGAUUUGCUUUAAUUCAGUAUCAAACCUAAACCAUGGAGCUUUGUCUCUGCUCUGUGAGAGUCAUUGAGCCCGUCCUGACUAAUUUCUCCUUCUGCUGCAUUUGCUCCUCACUGGGGGGGCUGUGCUGCAGCUGCUGAAGCUUUACACAUUAAAGUAAAAACAACACGGGGGAAAUAUUAUUAAUUCUACUUUAUCUCUCAGCAAAUAUCAACUAAAUGUAUCACUGAUGUUUUGCACGUUGCACUUAACUUCACCUGAAGGUGAACUUCUUGUUUCAAGUUAUCAGAAAAUAACACAACAGGGGCUUGUCGCUCCCCCCUUUGUCGUGAGCAUCCUCCAGUUGUUUGGUUGACUUUAGUUCAGUGUAUCCACGCUCUGGACCAUGUAAGUGAAGGCAGUCUUCCAUGUUUAGUCUUGUAAACCGGUGUCUCAUUGAUUUUCCACAUCUCCAGUUUUUUCUUGGAAAUGCCUAAACACGAAAGAUUCAAUAAGGGAUUUGCUGGCUGCAGAGCUCAGUGAGUCCCGGUGUUUUACCAACUUGGAAACGGAUCCAUAAUUGAACCAGCUCUCAAAAUCCAUCUCUAGUCUCAUAGAGGAAAACUCCAACACAGGGGCACUCGCUCGGGAGUUCCUGAGAAUCCCUACCGCUGCCAUCUCACCAAGGGCGACUUCAGAAAAGGAGAGAGUCCAGACCCUCUCGAGUUUCGUUACAGAGUCGGUGCAGGGUGUAGAGUAUAUCUAGUCCUACUCCUGAAGCUGAGGCUCAUUUCCCACCAGAAGCGUGACAAUCCGUGUCCGUAAAACACUGUAGGUCAAAGAUUGAUGAUCAGGUUUGUGGUGUAAUCAUCAGAUCUCUUGAGUGAAGAGAAUUUUCCUGCAUCUCAGGGGAAGUUGAGAACAUGGAGUCCAAGCAGACCAUGCUUGCUCCAUGCUGUUGCUUCUAGCAUGGAGCAAGCUCCUCUGAGUUAUGAUCAGAAGGUUAUUGGUGCCUGUUGUGGUGGUAAUCUGAGAAUUCGGUGGUGGACACCAGCAGUGGAGGAGGCUGUCAAGCUGAGGAGGGAGGCCUUCCAGAUCCUUCUUAGAAGUCUCCUGAAUCAGAAGACAGACAUCAGGAGGACAUUAGGACCAAAGUUUCUGUGGUCAGUGAAGGAAAACCUUGGGUUUGGGAGGAGUUCAAGGAGAUCGUGGAGAAGGACUUUCAAAGAGUUUCUGGCAGACGAUUCAGAAAAGGGAUGGAUUACUUCGUUCAGGUUGUUUUCAGUGAGUGGAGGAAUUGGUGAUGUUUAGUGGUGUGGAGAUAUUGUUGAGCAGUUGAAGGAACACUUUUGAGUAAGCCAGGUUUCCUAAACCCCCACUGACACACCCUCCACAGUGGAAAUGUGCUGGAAGACUCAGGAAAACUUACCCUUUUCCCUGUCAGAGGUCACUGAGGUAGUUCAAAAGCUUCACUGUUCCCCAGGUACCAGGGGCGGAUGAGAUUCACUCUGAAGGCUCUGAAUGUUGUUUGGAUGUCUUUCAAUGUUGCUUGGAGGCUGGAGACAGUACUUGUGGACUGGCAGACCAGGGUGGUGGUUCUCCUUUUUUAAAAAGGGGGACUGAAGGGUGUGCUCCAAUUACAAGCCUAUCCCACUGCUCAGCCCCCAAGGAAAGCUUAUGUAAUGGUGCAGGAGAGGAGACUCUAGAUGGCUGAUGAACCACAGAUCCAAGAGGAGCAAUGCAGAUUCCAUCCCAGUCAUAAAACUGAGGAUCAGCUCUUUAUCCCUGAAAGGAUCCUGGGGAGGUCGUGGGAGUUUAAGUCUGCAUGUGUUUUCUGGACCUGAGAAGGGUGUGAUUUAGGGAAUAUGGAGUGCCAUGGCUGCUGGUACAAGUAGUAUCUGGUUUCUCAGCAGGAAGUCAAGCACAUUCUCAGCCAGCGUUUUGCCUUGUUAGCAAUACUGUUUGUGAUUUUCAUGGACAGAAUCUUAAGGCCUCAGGACUGAUGUUGUUUUGUUGGUUUCAUCAGACCAUGAUCUCCAGUGAGCACUGGGAUGAUUUACAGCUGAGCGUGAAGCAGCGGGAAUGAGGGUUAGAAACUCCAGGUCCGAGGCCAGGGUGGAUUGGGCACUCUGCGUUAAGAGUCUUUGCUCGCCUUUUCCUGGACCUCAAAAGCUCUUGAUUCACUGGUUGAUCUGAGUUACAAACUGAGCCUGUGGUCAUGAGAUUUGGGUUGUGACCAAAAGAAUGAGACCGUGGAUACAAGCAACCAAAAAUGAGGUUCCUUCAUAGGUCGGCGGUGCUCACCCUCAGAGACAGGGUGAGGAGCUGGGGCAACGAGGAGGAGGAGAACCGCUGAUCCUUCAUGUUAAAAGGAGUUAGUUUUGGUGGUUUGGGCAUCUGAUCAGGAUGCCUCCUCGAAGCCUCCCUUUAGAAGGUUUUCCGGCAUUUCCAACUGGUAGGAGAUCCCAGGGCAGACCCAUCAGAGAUUACAUAUCUGGUCUGGCCUGAGAAUGUCUUGGAACCCUAGAGGACAAGCUGGAGGACGUGGCUGAGGAGAAGGUCAUCUGGGCUACCUUGCAGAGCCUGCUGACCUGAAUCCAGACUCAGAUAAUCAUUAGAAAAUGGAUGGACGGACAUCCACUGACCAGGCCACUGGUCACUGGAUUCUCACACCAAAGGGGAAGCGAGGUUGAACAUUAGUGACUGGUUGUUCUGGGAGUUAAAAAUAGACCAGUUUGACCAGUCUCCACUGUUUCCAGUUUGUCGGUGGGGUUUAGGUCUCAGUGGAGCCAAGAACGUCUGUACCUCAUUUCCACUGACUUACUCCACUGUUCAUUUAUUCUGUGUAACACCUGAUGUUGAAAUAUCCUGAGCACACCUGACCCCCCCCAGAGCACACAUUUAAUAAUGUAUAUGAUAUAUUUAUUAUUAUUAUUUAUUUAUUUAUUUAUUAUCUAUGAGAUAUUUGCCCCUGAUGGAUCAGCGGCUCAGUCUGAUGGGGACUGAUUAUUGUUUUUAUUUAUGCACACACUCUUGUUUGGCCACUGCUCUGUUUUCACUCUGAAGCUUUUUAAAGGAGAAAAACA